AUGAGCAUCAAACACUCCUUUCCCACAGCGCAAUCGCAUGCGCAGAUGUUCGUCGCUUCAAAGGCACAACCCUCUUCGCAGCACAAGACGCCACCAACCUACCGUGCACUUCGAGACCUCCACCAGGUCGGUUACCUGAAGCCCAUUACGUCUGAACGCCGACCGUAUCAGGAAGCAGCUAUACAACGGAUGCAAUCCGAAGAAGCACUGCGCAAGGUGUAUGAGCAGCAGCUUCUGCUAUACCUGAAUUCUUGUUAUGACGAUCUUGAGGAUGUUCAGGAUGCCUCGGAUGACGGAGAAAAGUGA